AUGGAGGUAACGCCAAGGGUGAGGGUAACGCCCGGGAUGGAGGAUAACGCCCGGGAUGGAGUGGAGGGUAACGCCAAGGGAUGGGGGCCAACGCCAAGGGUGGAGGAUGCAAGCGGUCCACUGAAACCACUUCAAGUCCGAAACACAAUGAGACCGCCGCCACAUUCUGAGUCCCCGCGUAUCAAGCGCACUAACAUCAGGUCUGAGUCGCUACGCCACCGAUGCAGCGACCAGAAAACGGACGAAAUUAUCCGGUUCGUCCGGGACCUGCAGUUUGAGCGGCAGCCGACAUCCAUGCGCUUGCAGAAGAAGGCACCACUGCCUAGUAUUGGACAGCCAGCGCCUCCAAAAGCGGGAACAAGUGACUCUGGGUUCCUCGAUCGGGCGACAGACUCCAAUGACAGCGAUGAGGAUCUUAUGGACAAUGAAAUUUAUAAGUGUACGAGCCAUAAACGGAGUGCUCCUAUUGACUCACAUUUUAUCGAGCUUUUGACCUGUCCCCGUAGUAACAAAAGGUCGAACGAUCACCAAAUAUUAGCUAAGUCGCUGCCUCAAAGCCAUAUGGACAUAUACAAUAACAAUACCCGAAUGCCGCCCCGACAGAACAGUUUUGUUCGGCACGGAGUACCGGGAACCAGGCACACCGGACAUACAGGUAACCAGAGACAUAUAACAAAACAACUUCCGCCUCUGUCACGUGACACGUUCCCAGAACGUCCUUCGGCGCCAUCCCCUAGUCGCACUCCACCACUGUCGGAUUACGGUUUUAUCGAAGAGGAGCCAGUGGAUUAUAUUGACUUGUGAUGACAAAAACAUAUGUCCUUACUGGCCACUGCACACAAACAUUGAGGAUGGACAUUUCGGCCUAUGUACAGCCGUGCUCUGUACGCUUGUUUGCCAUAUUAAUAUUUUCUCAGGGUUUUGUAUUGAUUUCAUUAAAUUGC